UCAUCACGAUAGCUUUUAGAAAACAAUAGCUAGCCGUUUGUGAUUAGCCACGUCAUGUAAACUUUUUGGGGUAGUACUUAUCAUAGGAUUGCGAGGGUUGUAGUUGCUCGGAAAUACCGCCCAACGUCUAAUUCAAUUCCGCACUUUAUGGUUAAUACUCUGAAAUAAUUGCAUGGGAAGAUGUCAGACAUCGGGGACUGGUUCAAAAGCAUCCCUCUCAUCACCAGGGGCUGGUUUGCUGCCUCCAUUGCUGUUCCCCUUGUAGGGAAACUAGGAUUGGUUGACCCGCAGAACCUUGUGCUGAGACCCGAUUUGUUCUUUAGCAGAUUUCACCUGUGGAGGCCAGUAACGGCCACCCUGUAUUUCCCAGUGUACCCAAAUACUGGCUUCCUGUUUUUGGUCAACCUGUAUUUCCUUUACAACUACUCAACGCGGCUAGAGACAGGGGCGUUUGAUGGCCGACCAGCAGACUAUGUCUUCAUGCUCUUAUUCAACUGGAUCUGCAUUGUUAUAACUGGGAUGCUCAUGGACAUGCAGCUGCUGAUGAUCCCCUUGAUCAUGUCUGUGCUGUACAUCUGGGCUCAGUUCAAUAAAGACAUGAUUGUCUCCUUCUGGUUUGGAACAAGAUUCAAGGCUCAUUAUUUGCCUUGGGUCAUCCUGAUCUUCAACUUCAUCAUCGGAGGCUCUUUUGUUAAUGAGCUCAUUGGGAACCUGGUGGGUCACCUCUACUUCUUCCUCAUGUUCAAAUAUCCCAUGGACCUUGGAGGACGCAACUUCCUGUCCACACCAGAGUUCUUGUAUCGACUCCUCCCUAGCAGGCGGGGAGGUGUGUCAGGCUUCGGAGUCCCUCCCACUAGGAGACCAGCAGCACAGGAACAGGCGCCAGCAGCCGGGGGCAGACGUUACAACUGGGGCCAAGGCUUCCGCCUGGGGGAUUAAUGAAUAUGAGAGGAGAAGCUCUUCUGCUUGACUCCUUUCAGUGUGCUCAGGUUAAAAUGCUCGCUUCUUCACUUUCUUCUGUUUAAAACUCUACAUUAGUCCUCUUUUAAUUUAAAAGUAUUGAGGCAGCCUGUAGUUUAACUCCCAAAGCACAACAGAACUCUGCUUGGUUUCUACCAUUUAUGACAUGAAACAAAGAAGAAAAUAAAUGUUUGGUUCUUAUUGUGAUUCUUUCUACUCUCCUUUCUUGCUUUCUUCCACCUGCCCUAUUUCCACCCUUUAAUGUCAACACGAGAGAUGCUGUAAAUUGGUUGAUUUAGAUUGAUUCUUGCCACCAUAUUGCCCUAUGAGAUGACUUGUGCCAAAGGUAGUCGGCACACAUGGGCACUGCCCCAUGUAGUACAGACUUCCUCUGAUCACUGCUGAUUUGUGUUUUUGUAAAUAUAACAGUUAUUGAAAAGAUAAA